CCACCCUCCCCCACCAGCCUAGCCUCGCCUCCAGCCGCCUCGGCCGUCCCCGUCACCUCUUUUCUUGGCCUGCCACCGGUGCUUUCCGCCACCCCACCGACCUCACAGACCCUCUCCGGUCGGAGCGAGACCCCCCCUCCACAUGCCCUCAGCCCCCCGCCGCCAGACUUCACCCCCCCCUCCCACUGAGCUGCUGGGAUCAGAUGAUGAGGAGCAGGAAAACCCAACAGAUUACUGCAAGGGAGGAUACUACCCAGUGAAGAUUGGAGACUUGUUUAAUGGCAGAUACCAUGUAGUGAGGAAACUAGGAUGGGGGCACUUCUCUACAGUGUGGCUUUGCUGGGACCUUCAGAGAAAGCGUUUUGUGGCGCUCAAGGUGGUGAAGAGUGCCCAGCACUACACAGAGACAGCCCUGGAUGAAAUAAAGCUGCUGAAAUGCGUUCGUGACAGUGACCCUACAGACCCAAAGCGACAGACUAUUGUACAACUCAUCGAUGACUUCAAAAUAUCCGGCAUCAACGGAAUUCAUGUUUGCAUGGUGCUCGAGGUGCUUGGCCACCAGCUGCUGAAGUACAUCAUUAAGUCCAACUACAUGGGCCUGCCUCUGGUCUGUGUCAAGAGCAUCCUCAAGCAGGUCCUGCAAGGCCUGGACUACUUGCACAGCAAAUGCAAGAUCAUCCACACAGACAUCAAGCCCGAGAACAUCCUGCUGGAUGUCAACGAGGUGUACAUACGUCGCCUGGCAGCCGAGGCCACAAUAUGGCAGCAGUCUGGAGCCCCGCCCCCUUCAGGCUCCUCUGUUAGCUCCGCCCCAAGGGAAAAUCAGAUGGGGAAGAUCUCCAAGAACAAGAAGAAGAAGCUGAAGCGGAAGGCCAAGCGGCAGCAGCGUCUGCUGGAGGAGCGGGUCCAGGACCUGCAGCGCAUGGAGGACCUGGACGGCGUUGCCCCCACCGACCCCAGCAGCACCGCAGCCGGCAGCAAGGCCAGGGCCCUGUGGAGGCUGCAGGAGGACGAGGACGAGGACGAGGAAGAGGAGGAGGGUGACGGCUACCCACCAGGUUGUUCUGUGUCGAACGGUAACAAGAACCAGAGGAAGCAUCGCAGUAAGGAGAGCCCAGGGUCGUGCUCCUCGCGGCUAGAGGAGGGCUGUAACGGCUACGGCGGACCCAUGCGCUUCUCCAGCCCGGGCUCGGGCCUGUCGGGCAUGUCCGGGUCGGUGCUGUCGGCCACCUCCGAGUCGGCCAUCUCCACGCAGUCAGGCUACUCCACCGGCGGAGACUCCCUCUUGUCCUCCAGCUCGUACUCUGCUGCAGAUUUCCUGGUGAACCCAAUGGAACCGCAGAAUGCCGACAAAAUCCACAUCAAGAUCGCAGACCUGGGCAACGCCUGUUGGGUGCACAAGCACUUCACAGAGGACAUUCAGACGCGUCAGUACCGUGCCCUGGAGGUGCUCAUAGGGGCCGAGUACGGCACCCCCGCAGACAUGUGGAGCACAGCCUGCAUGGCAUUUGAGCUGGCCACCGGAGACUAUCUGUUCGAGCCUCACUCAGGAGAGGACUACACCAGAGAUGAAGAUCACAUAGCUCACAUCAUCGAGCUGCUGGGAACUAUUCCACCUCACCACGCCCUCUCAGGACGCUAUUCCCGCGAAUACUUCAACCGCAGAGGAGAGCUGCGGCACAUCGCCAACCUGAAGCCGUGGGGUCUGUUUGAGGUCCUGCUGGAGAAGUACGAGUGGCCCCUGGAACAGGCAGCCCAGUUCAGUGACUUCCUGCUCACCAUGUUGGAGUUCCUACCAGAGAAAAGGGCCACAGCAGCAGAGUGUCUGCAUCACCCCUGGAUCAACUCCUAACACACACGCUGACACUGUCUCACUAGAGCUACUCCUGACAAACCCAGACAUAAUUCAUGCACUGGAAAUACUCAGAAUACACACUGGGAUAACUUAUACACCCACACUGUAUACACACAAUCACAGGAUUGAGCAACUCGUCCUUGCACAUAUGCACGCACACACACACACGUACACACACACACACACACACAGGCAUUGGAGCAACUCCUUAUGCACAUGCACACUCUUCAGGCACACAUGCACAGGAGCAACUCCCAGAGUUCAUGUACUGUCUCCACACACACACACACACACGCUAUUUCUCUGUCACUGGAUCACCUCCUUGCUUAUAAUUGCACGCACACACACACACACACACACAAUGCUAAUCCUUUCCCAGCACUAUCCCAACCACCCUCUCAGCAGUCAGUCAGUUCCUAUACUCCCAGGUACACACAUGUCCGAAUGUAUUAGGAGUAUUAUGGUAAGACAAACUUCAGAUUACCUGACUCUGAGCACACAGCUAGCCACAGUGUAACCUCAGUCUAUGUUUCUUUUUAAGUACUAUUAUUAUUAUUACUAUUAUUAUUAAGGAGCUUUGAUUUCUGUAAAUGUUUGGAAUAAAAUGUCUGCAGUCUGUUGAUCGAUUUCAAGAUGUAUGGUCGUCUUAUGUCGGCUGGUCACGUAUUUAUAUGUUAAAAUAGUGCCUUGAUAUGCCAUGUGUAAAAAUGAUAAAUAGGGGGGGGAACAUGCCUUCACUUUUUUAUAUAUGUUCGCCAGUUGGUGUGUGGAAUGCUUGUUGUUCGUGAACAUACAAUACUGUGUAUGACCGUGACUGGAGACCAGAGAAUAAAAUUAAAAUAAACCUGAACUGAGAUGAU